UAGAACGUUGACACAUAGCGGUCUUACUAGAUCUGGUGUUAAUGUGUAAUGGACCCAAACCAGGCCGUCCAAAGAAAUAUAUCCUCAUAAAAAAAAAUAUGACUUGUCAAUAGCAUAUUGGUCCGACAAGUGGACCCAUCAUCAAGACAAUAAUUAUUACACCAAUGAAUCAAGUCUUUAGCAGCAGGUUCAUCAAAAAAAGUCUUUAGCAAGAUGGCCACUAGUAAUACGUCAGGAAUACGAGCGUCACAUAAAGUAGGUGCGAAGCAUUAUGUCAUAUUCAUAAAAGAAAAAAAAAAAGCAUUAUGUCAUGGGCAUACGCAAGCAAUUAUUCUUUUUUGGGUCAGUCAAAAUAAGCUAAUUUACCAAUAUGCCACAUUUUGUUAUUUAUAUUAUUAUAUAUCUUCCAAGCAGGCUAUAAAAUAAGAUCAAAUGGACAUUAUUGUCAAUUGCAAAAUUUCUAUUAAUGACUUUUAUUAUACAAUAAUGUGGUGGUGAAUGGUAAAUACUAUAUAGUAGGGUCAACCAAACACGGUUUUAAUUCAGCAAAAUAGAAAAAAACCAAACGCGGUUUUAGUUUUAAUUCAGAACAGGUCAGAGAACCCAAUACAACCUUCAUUAUUUAUUAUGGUUCAUUCAUCCAAGCAACAAGGCAAGAGAGAACAAAUACUAUUCUAUUGCAUUUGCACCACUCUCUCUCUUUCUCUCUCUAAUCAAGCACUAAGCAAUAGGAAAAGACUGUAAUCUGUAGUCUCUUUUCUUUUUAUUUUUAAAUUCUCAAAAAGGUCUAUAUCACUCUAUCACUUUGAUCUUUUAGUUGAUAAAGGAACCAAGCAUUUAGAGAGCAAAAAUAUCUAUUGCACUCCAUUUCUUCUUCUUCUUUUUUCCUUUGCAUCUCUCAAUCUUCAUUCAAGCAGUAAGCAAUAUGAAAAGAUUGUAGUCUCCUUUCUUUCUCCUUCACCUUCUUCCUUUUUUCUUUUUUUGGUUCUCAAAAGGGUCUCUCUGUCUUUGGCAUAUUAGUUCAUCAAAGAACUAAGCAGUAGAGAGCAAAAAAAAUCUAUUAUACACACCAUUUCUUAUUAUUCUUUUGUUCUCAAUAGGGUCACUCUCUCUCUCUCUGAUAUAUUAGCUCAUUAAAGUCUAUGCAUUAGAGAGCAAGAAUAUCUAUUAUAUGCUCCAUUUGUUGUUGUUAUCAAACAUAUAGACACACUACAAAAUAUGGAAGGAGAAAGAAAGAAGAGGAAGAUGGAGGAGGAAGGAGAAGAAGAAAAUGAAGAGGAGAAGAUGGAAAAGUUCUUUGCUUUGAUUAGAAGCACACGUGAAGUACGAGAUCUUUUGAUGAGGACUGGUGCUAAUUCAACUGAGAAAGAAGAUAAGAAAGUUGAGAAAGAUAAAGAAAUCUUGGUUUGGAAUCCUAUGUUCCAACCAGAAGAUUUCAUAGAGGAGGAUGACGAUAAUGAUAAGUCUAAGAAUACUCCUGGUGCAAAAACCCAAGCAGGUCCUUCUAAUAAAGAAGAAAAAGAUGAGGAAGAGGAUGAAGAAGGAAGAGGUGGUGAUGGUUUAGACCUAAAUCUUUCUUUGUAGGAGAGUUAUGGGCAAGUGCAGUGGAUAUCGUGCAUGUUGAAGCGAAGUGGUCCUCCUAUAUAUGAUUUUAUGCAUAUUUACUUAAUGGGUUGACCAUAGUUUUGUAUUGCUUUGAGAAUGCCCCACUAUGCUAUGUAAAAAAAAUUGCGGUACACAUCAUUUUGCAUGUGCAAAUGUGAAUUUGUCUCUAACAUUUACCUCA